AUGGCCAUCUUUCAUAGUCUUGACAACAGCAGCGGCUCCAAAACUGGCUCUUCCUCAGCGCCCGACAGCGUGCGUGCGUUCCUUACGUCUGCCGAACACGACCCGACUAUACUGCAGACGCCCGAGGCGGUUCGGACGCUGGCGGUGGAAAUAGCAAACAGGCUGUGCAGCCUGCUUCUUCUGGACGAAAAACAAGUCGCCGUCACCACCAACACCGCCGAUCUGGGACUGGACUCGCUCGUGGCCGUUGAGCUACGCGCUUGCUGGCAGCUCAACCUGGGGGUGGAUGUCUCGACGCUUGAGCUAUUGAGUUCGGGAACUUGCGAGGCGUUGGGCCAGCGUGCUGUUAACGGCUUGGUGAAACUACGCGGUCUUUAUAGAUAA